AUGAGGCAGGUAGAACUAAUAGCAGCCAGCGGAGUGACCACCGCAGAUUCUCCCGCAGUUCUCAACGUAAGCGACCACGCGUUCUCAGACAUCGAUGGAAACUGGACUGGUUUCCCAAAACAGUCAGGCCAAUCUUUAUCGUACUGGCUACAGGGUGUUCGAUGUGAUCCUUUGCUCGACCACAGAUCGACACCAGAUCUACCCACGUCUGCAGACAUAGUCGUCAUCGGAUCCGGCAUAACGGGAACGCUAGUUGCGAAGCACUGCCUUGAGACAUGGCCUGAAAAGAGCGUCGUCGUUCUUGAGGCUCGCGAGUUCUGCAGCGGUGCUACUGGAAGAAAUGCCGGCCAUUGCAAGCCAGACCAGUGGCGAGGUUUCGGCAAGUAUGAGAAAGCGUUCGGCACAAAACAGGCCCUGUCUAUACUGCAAAACGAGCAGGAGACAUGGGAAAACCUUGUACGAUACGUCCGCAAGAAUGAUGUUGACUGUGAUCUCUGGGUGGGAGAUACCCUCGACGUCGCCAUGACUCCGGAGGUCGCAACACUAGCCAAGGACGUUUUCGAGCGAUGUCAAGCCGCAGGAGGAAAGGUCGAUCACAUCAAAAUCACACUUGACCCAGGCGAGGCCAAAAGAAUCUCCCGCCUCAAGGGAGCACAGGCGUGUUUUGCGUGGCCUGCGUCGACCUUGCAACCGUGGAAACUAGUGGCUCACAUCAUGCAGAGGAAUGUCGCACAAGAGCCCCGUUUCAACCUACAGACAUAUACUGUCGUUCGGAAGGUCACAGCGAGUAACAAGCCUGGAAAUUGGAUCGUACAUUCUGACAGGGGCGAGAUCGAAUGCUCUCGCGUCGUCCACGCCACAAACGCGUACGGCGCGGCAGUUGAGCCCUCCCUACGAGGUCUAGUCAUCCCCACACCGCACAUGUGUAACAAGGUCGUUCCACCGACGAGUCAUGCCGGUUCGAAGGCAUUGAAGAAUUCGUAUGGGGUGUUGUUGCCCGACGGGGCCCUCUUUAGCGUCAACCCACGACCGACCUCCGAUGGGGUCAUAAUGUUUGGAGGAUCAAACCCCGGACAAAAGAAGUUUCAAGAAUGGCUGAAGGAACAUCCUGAAAGGUGGACUGACGAUGGCCUGUCCGAAUUUCCGGAGAUAACGGAAGCUGUCAAGGCACUCGCUGAGGAGCACCUCGAAGGCUGGGCAGCCGCGGUGCCGGGGCCUGGAACGCUGUAUGACUACAGCUGGAGUGGGAUCAUCGGUAACACAACUGAUGGUGUGCCCUUCAUAGGUGAGCUACCGGGGCUCCCGGGGCAAUGGAUAUGCGGGGGUCAUAAUGGGCAUGGAAUGGCGAGGACAUUUACAGCCGCUCCUGGGCUUGUGAAGCUGAUGAAUGGUGCGUCGUGGGAGGAGGUUCGUUUACCUGACCCCUACCAGAUCACAGCAGGAAGGUUGGCGAGGUUGAGACAAUCGUCGAAAAAGGAUGUUAUUGCUAUCUGA